GGCGCACACCGGAAGUGACUUGUGGAAUGGACACGGGUCGUCGGCUAGCUAGCAGCAUGAGUGGAAUCAUGUUGUUUUUAUUGGGGGGAGCGGGUCUCCGGUCCUGGACAUGUCCUUUUCUCCUUCUCCUGACAUUUUGGUCGUCGCUGCCAGCCUCGGCCAAGCCCGACAGCCUCAAGGAAGUGACGGACGGGGACUGGGAGAAGAUAAUGACCGGAGAAUGGAUGAUUGAGUUCUACGCACCCUGGUGUCCUGCAUGCCAGCAGCUGCAGUCGGUGUGGAAAGAGUUCGCGGACUGGGGGGAAGACAUGGGCAUCAACGUCGCCAAGGUGGAUGUGACGGAGCAGCCUGGUCUGAGUGGGCGAUUCAUCAUAACUUCACUUCCUACAAUAUACCACUGCAAGGACGGCAUUUUCCGCAAGUACCACGGCGCUCGUACCAAAGAAGACUUCCUCAGCUUUGUCGACGAACAGAAAUGGAAAAACACGGAGCCCGUUUCUUCGUGGUUCGGGCCGUCCUCGUUCUUGAUGAACUCGAUGUCGGCUUUGUUCAAGCUCUCCAUGUUCAUCCGACGUUGCCAUAACUACAUGACGGAGCAGCUGGGGAUUCCUGUUUGGGGUUCAUAUGUCAUCUUUGGCCUGGUCACCUUGUUUGCUGGCCUGACGUUGGGUCUGUUGCUAGUGUUCAUCGCAGAUUACGUCUUUCCUUCACGACGAUUUUCCUCACCCGAUUAUUACCAGAAGAAACAGUCAAUGGAGCAGUCCCGACUAAUCCAGAAUCAGGACGAGGACCAGGAGGCUGACGGCGAGGAGGACGACGAUGAGGAGGAGGAAGACGACCAGGACGGGGCCUGGAGAAGGCAGAGGGAGUCUCCCGAGGGCCAGGGCUACCCCGACGAAGCCCUGAGGAAGAGAGUGGUGGCCAGCCGCGAGGAAGACGAGGAGGAAAGCUAGAGAGCCGGCGCCGGGAUUCCCGUUCUUCGUUCGAUAAGAGCACAGUGGAGUCAGCCGGAGAUGGAGCAGCUGUGGUCCUGAGCGGCAGUAUUAAGAAGAAGGGGUCCAAAAGCUUCCCACCCCCAACCCAAGACGCACCCCACUGUACUCCCCUCCCUCCUCUGUUAAAAGCAGGAGACUUCUACCUCGGCUCUCUCCACCUGAGCAGCGGGCUCCAACUGGAACAACAACAAAAACGUUCCUCACACGUGUUUUUACGUGCGGCGUAGGUAUGGAGUGCAGUACAGACGAAUUUUGAUUCGCUGUUUAUGCUAUGCAUUGUUUUUCAAAAAUAGUUUUGUUUUGUUUUUGCUUUGAAUUCUAACAAGCUUUGGUCUGUAAAUUUUACUCUACAAAUGGGUCAUUUUUUUCUGCACACACACCAUUCAGCAUUCUGCUGGUAGGCUAGUUUUAAUCCUUAAAACGUCAAAUCUAUUUAGCUCCAUCAUAGCGACAAAUGCUGAUGUUUAAAAUGGGAACAGCUUCACAGGUUAAGUUCAGUUCAAAUUAAACCUCUGGAUGAUUAAUGUGGAUCUGGACUUUGGUGUGUGGCGAUUUGACUUGAUAUGAAUGCAGCAACGACCAAAGACGUUCAAAACUACAGUUUGAAGUCUGAGCAACUCUCCGAACAUCUGUGGCCGCAACUCCCUUCCCAGUUUACGACGUAAUGCUUUACUGAUUAAAGUUUCGCUUACCGUGUUCCGGUAAAGACAAAAAUCGAGUAAAAUAAAAAACUAAAUCAAAAACCAUGAAAGCAGCACUUGUGCAACUUAAAGUGAACCACGUGCAAUAAAAUGUAUUAAGCCUUGGAUU